GAUAUACAUCAGACAGAAGCAUCGGGUACUCGAUAUGGUUCCGAGGUUCCCAUCAAGGUUCGGUGGUUCCGUUGCAGUCCGUCCCCUCCACCAGCAGCAGGAGGAGGCGGAGAAUGAGCAUGGAGCCGACAGAUGAGAGCCAUGAAGCGGCUCGGUGCGCUCUGCCCUGCGGCAAAGAUCUCCAUCUAUCAGUGCGCAAUAAUUGAAAUGGCGCAUUUGGCCGCAGGCUGUUGGAGGCAUGAUGAAUCAUGACGACAGACGCCAUUUAGUCCGGAACCACGGGGAUGCUGGACCCUCGUGUCCCGGUGGAUCGGUGUCUGAGCCCAGCUGACGGUGGAGAACGGCACCGGGCCGAAAAAGCCCCGUUGUCCCCGCAAGAGCGCGCUGAGCGCCGGAGCGCCGCGCUCCUCUCCCCGCUGCUCGACAACAAGUCGGGGCAGGCGGACCUAAUCCUGGCCCCCGGGGGUCUGAAGAGCCCCGGGCCAAACUCGUCCUGCAGCCUGCUGUCUUCUCUGUUUGUCUGGCUUGUUUCUACUUCACACCCUCUCGCAACAGGACGGAGACGGAGCCGACCGGGCCGUGAGCCGAACCUCAGCUGGACCCACCGAGCCGCAGUCCAUGUCUUCCGUGUCCGUGUCCUCCCAGGAGGGGCGGAGCCUGUCCAGGAUGUCUCUGAGUCACUCACCUGUCUCCCCCAUGACGGCCCAGGGAAUCCCAUGCCCCGCCCAGCUCACCAAGGCCAAUGCCCCCGUUCAUAUCGACGUGGGUGGGCACAUGUACACCAGCAGCCUGGCGACGCUCACAAAGUUUCCAGAGUCCAGGAUCGGUCGCCUUUUUAGCGGCAGCGAGCCCAUCGUGUUGGACAGCCUGAAGCAGCAUUACUUCAUUGACAGAGACGGAAACAUCUUCAGGUUCAUCCUGAGCUACCUGAGGACCUGCAAGCUGCUGCUGCCUGAAGACUUUCAGGACUUCCCCCAGCUCUACGAGGAGGCCCGGUUCUACCAGCUGGCCCCGAUGGUUCGGGACCUGGAGCGCUGGCAGACGGAGCGCGAGGCCCAGCGGGCAGCGGCGCCCUGCGAGUGCCUGGUGGUCCGGGUCACGCCGGACCUGGGCGAGAGGAUCGCCCUGAGCGGGGAGAAGGUUCUGAUCGAGGAGGUCUUCCCAGAGACCGGAGACGUCAUGUGCAACUCUGUGAACGCCGGCUGGAACCUGGACCCGACCCACGUCAUCCGCUUCCCGCUCAACGGCUACUGCAGACUAAACUCCGUACAGGUCCUAGAGCGCCUCUUCCACAAAGGCUUCAGCGUCAAGGCGUCCUGCGGCGGCGGCGUCGACUCGACCCAGUUCAGCGAGUACGUGCUGUGUCGAGAGCUGAGGCCGAGCCGGUCCGUCAGCAGCACGCCGGUCCGGAUCAAACAGGAGCCUCUGGACUGAAACGCUCCCCGACGGACUGAAAACGGAACCCGCAGAACCCGGUUUACCCGGUUCUGAACGACUUGACCCGCUCCGGACCAGCCGGUGGUGUGAGGGGAUGUUUUAUUUUAUUUCUUCCCCUCCUACCUGACCUGUUUUCUAAGCUUCGUAUUUAAUGUUUGUGUUGCAGAUAAAAAAAAAA